AACAAUCAAUGUUAAUCAGACAGCAGGGCUGCGUACAAAAUCCAAAACAGAGUCGUCUUAGCAAGUUGUGACCUAGUGGCGUUGAAUAAGAACCUAUAGCAUACUGCUCGAUUCAAUACGUUAGUAGCCAAUAAGUAGUUUCGCGUUGAAGUUGAAGCGAAAAUCAAAAACGUCGGCCCACAUCCAAUAAGGACAAUGCUACGCACUAUCGCUGCAACACGAAACGAAUUGGGCGCCUUGCGACUCAUCUUACUCCGAGCUCGACCGGUGCGAUAUGGUUCGAACUAUGGAGUCCGGGCCUUGAGCACUGCUGGCCAUCAGCUGCCAAUCAGGUCGUCACUGCAUAGAAAACCGAUCCUCAGUCGAAGCCAUCUACUGCCGACAUGGAGCUACAACUUUGCCCGCGCCUACGCCGAUCUGCCGGAUCAUAUACGCGUGCCGCUGCCAGCACUGUCACCAACCAUGGACCGUGGCUCGAUAGUGGGCUGGGAAAAGAAAGAAGGCGACAAGCUGAACGAGGGUGAUCUGCUGUGCGAAAUUGAAACAGAUAAAGCUACCAUGGGUUUCGAGACGCCCGAGGAGGGCUAUCUGGCCAAGAUUGUGGUGCCUGGUGGGACAAAGGAUGUGCCAGUUGGCAAGCUGGUGUGCAUCAUUGUUCCCGAUGAGGGCAGCAUUGCUGCUUUCAAGGAUUUCGUUGACAGUGGUGGCCCCGCUGCGCCCGCAGCUGCCGCACCAGCACCCCCACCACCACCACCACCACCACCAGCAGCAGCUCCAGCUCCAGCAGCACCAGCCCCAGCCCCAGCCCCAGCUGCCGCACCAUCACCACCACCAGCAGCCGCGCCAGCAGCAGCCCCCGCGCCGGCUGCAGCACCAAGCGGCGGUCGUGUCUACGCCAGCCCCAUGGCCAAGAAGUUAGCGGAAACAAAACAGCUCCGUCUGCAAGGCAAAGGUACCGGCGUCCAUGGCUCACUUAAAUCUGGUGAUCUUGCAGCCGCACCGCCACCAAAGCCCGCACCCAAACCAGCCCCCAAGUCCGAUGCGCGUUUCAAGGACAUCCCAUUGACGACGAUGCGCUCAGUCAUUGCCAAGCGACUGCUAGAGUCCAAGCAGAAUCUGCCUCACUACUACGUAACCGUUCAUUGCCAGGUGGACAAGUUGAUGAAGUUCCGCGCACACAUAAAUAAGAAGUACGAGAAGGAGGGCGCACGCGUCUCCGUCAACGAUUUGAUAAUCAAGGCCGUGGCGACUGCCUGUCGCAAGGUGCCUGAAGCGAACUCCGCUUGGAUGGACACGUUCAUCCGGCAAUACGAAGAUGUGGAUGUUUCUGUCGCAGUGUCGACCGAUAAGGGACUCAUCACGCCCAUCAUCUUUGGCGCUGACCGCAAGGGAGUGCUAGAAAUCUCGAAGAAUGUCAAGGAACUGGCAGGCAAGGCACGCGACAACAAGCUGCAGCCGCAUGAAUUCCAGGGCGGCACCAUCUCCGUGUCCAAUUUGGGCAUGUUUGGUGUUAAUCAAUUCUGUGCCGUCAUCAACCCUCCUCAAUCCUGCAUCUUAGCCAUUGGCACAACAACGAAACAGCUUGUGUUGGAUCCGGACAGCAACAAGGGUUUCAAGGAGGUGAACAUGCUAACCGUCACGCUGAGCGCCGAUCACAGAGUGGUCGAUGGCGCUGUAGCCGCCGUUUGGCUCAAACAUUUCAGAGAUUUCGUGGAGGAUCCGGCUGCAAUGAUAGUGUAAAAGACGCAACAGCUUACGAUGUAAUCCUACCCCACAGAGUGUGAGGAAUAGUUCUGUUGUUCACUGUGUUUCAUAUUAGAUACAAAUAUACAAUAUUUGAUGUAUUGUACAAAUUUCAAUUGGUUUGCUGCCCACGACCUGCGCUGUGCGUGUUUGGCCUCAAAUUGGUACCCACUCAAGUCUUAGCGCUUUUAGAAUAUAUAUACAUAAAUAGUUUGGCCAUGUGUAAUAUCGACAUAGUGUUAACUAAAUAAUAUUCUGUACAUGAUUUUACUCAAUCUACAAUAUACACAAACACUUACACACAUACACUUCUACGCUGAAAACAUUGAAAAUUUCGGUUAAAACAGACAUACCCACAGGUCUAAUUUUAUAAUAAUUUUCAUCUUUUGUUAAUCAUUAAACAACAUUGAUAAAUCCAAAACUGUUAAAUAAACAAAGCACAUGUA